GCGCUGGCUCUGCCGGCGGGCGCCACUCUGCGCUGCCGUCGCGCCCGGCGCCGAGUCGCCGGGAGACCGAGGGCGCCGCGGGCCUGGCCGCCAUGGAGCCGCCGCCCGCCGGGGCCUGGAGCCUCGCCGCAGCCGCCGGGACCGGGCCGCGGGAAGGGCCCGGGCCGGGCCGGGCGCCCGGGCCGGGCCGCGGGGUGGCGGCGGCGCAGAGCGUGGCCGGCGAGGAGCUGCGCGGCGGGCGGCGGGCUCCGUGCGUGCUGAGCCUGGCCCAGCGGCACGGCCGCCACGAGAUAAUUAUCCAUUCACAAGAGAACGAAUACGCUGAUCCGGAUUACAUUCCCAUCAACAGCCGCUUUAAAUGUGUACAAGAGGCAGAAGAGACUCUACUGAUUGAUAUAGCUACAAACACAGGCUGCAAGAUCCGGAUACAAGGUGACAAGACAGCUGAACGGCUCUUUGAAAUCCCUGAUGAGGAGCGUUGCUUGGGCUUUCUUUCAGAAAUACAGAGCAUACAGGAAGCCCACUUGAAAGCUUCUCUUCCUGAAAAUAAGGACCCAGCUAGCUGGCAUCAGGUGAAGAACCUCGCAGGCCUACCACAGGCCUCUGUUUCAGGAGCUCUGGGGUUUGAGGAUGACUUCAACACUAUAAGCCUGGAGAAGAAAAGAAACGUGCAAAACCACCAAAUGGGAUCUCGCCGGGAACCUCCACCUCCUCCUGUGCCUCAAAGUAGGCAAUUGCACCGAGAGAAAGAGAGUACAUCAAGGGACCAGCCAAAAGUAACCAACACUAUGCGCAAAAUAUUUUUGCCCAGCACCCAGUCAGGACAAAGAGAAGGUCUCAUCAAACACGUGCUUGCCAGGAGAGAGAAGGAGUAUGUUAACCUUCAGAACUUCAGAUUUUUUGUGGGGACAUGGAAUGUGAACGGGCAGUCUCCAGACUGCAGCUUGGAGUCCUGGCUUGUGUGUGACAUGGAGCCUCCAGACUUCUAUUGCGUCGGGUUCCAGGAACUGGACCUCAGCACAGAGGCGUUUUUCUACUUUGACUCUGCAAAGGAGCAGGAAUGGCUGGCUGCUGUGGAGAAGUCCUUGCACCCUCAGGCUAAGUAUAAGAAAGUGCAAAUGGUCCGUCUAGUUGGGAUGAUGCUGCUUGUAUUUGCUAAGAAGGAUCAACUGAGUAAUAUCAGAGAUGUCAUGAUAGAGUCUGUGGGCACUGGAAUCAUAGGAAAGAUGGGUAACAAGGGUGGUGUGGCUGUGAGGUUUGUGUUCCACAACACGACGUUCUGCAUUGUCAAUUCCCACUUAGCGGCUCAUGUGGAGGACUUCGAGCGGCGAAAUCAGGAUUAUAAGGAUAUCUGUGCUCGGAUGACUUUCAUAACCCCUGAUGACAGUCUACCUCAGCUCAACAUCAUGAAACAUGAUGUUGUCAUCUGGUUAGGAGACUUGAACUACAGGCUUUGUCUCCCUGAUGCCAGUGAGGUGAAAAGUCUGAUCAGUAAGAAUGAGCUUCAGAAAUUGUUGACAUAUGACCAGUUGAAUAUUCAGCGUACUCAUAAGAAAGCAUUUGCUGAUUUCACCGAGGGAGAGAUUAAAUUCAUCCCUACAUAUAAAUAUGACUCUAAAACAGAUCGCUGGGAUUCCAGUGGAAAGUGUCGUGUGCCAGCAUGGUGUGAUCGAAUCCUCUGGAGAGGAGGGAACAUAAAUCAGCUCCGGUAUCGCAGUCAUAUGGACCUGAAGACUAGUGAUCACAAGCCAGUCAGCGCGCUUUUCCGCAUUGGGGUAAAGGUUGUGGAUGAGCAGAGAUACCGGAAAGUGUUUGAAGACAUAGUUCGUAUGAUGGACAGAAUGGAGAAUGAUUUCCUUCCUUCGCUGGAGCUAAGCAGGAGAGAAGAAUUGGAUUACAAGCAGCAUCUUGGCUCCUUGGCAGAUCUUCUGUUAGGAGUUCAGAAUUGUGCAGGCGCCUCCCAGUCACAGUUUGAAUUUGAAAAUGUGAAGUUCCGGCAGCUGCAGAAGCAGAAGUUCCAGAUCACCAAUAACGGGCAGGUCACCUGUCAUUUCUCCUUCAUCCCAAAGCUCAAUGAUAGCCAGUACUGUAAGCCAUGGCUUCGGGCCGAGCCUUGUGAAGGUUACUUGGAGCCGAAUGAGAGCGUGGACAUUUCCCUGGACGUGUACGUCAGUAAGGACUCAGUGACCCUUCUGAACUCAGGCGAGGAUAAAAUUGAGGAUAUUCUUGUCCUUCAUCUGGACCGAGGGAAGGACUAUUUUCUCACCAUCAGUGGGAGCUACCUGCCCAGCUGCUUUGGCACCUCUCUGGAGGCUCUGUGCCGAAUGAGACGACCAAUCCGAGAAGUUCCAGUCACUAAGCUCAUUGACCUGGGAGAAGACAGCUUCUUAGAAAAGGAGAAAUCGGUUCUGCAGAUAGGCUCCCCGGACAGUGAGGAUGCAAGUGAGAUGCCACUGCCGGUGCCAAAGGAGAUCUGGCUCUUGGUGGACCACUUGUUCAAGAAUGCCUGCCACCAGGAGGACCUGUUCCAGACUCCAGGGAUGCAGGAGGAACUGCAGCAGAUCAUUGACUGCCUGGACACCAGUAUCCCUGAGACAAUCCCGGGCAGUAACCACUCUGUGGCUGAAGCACUCCUCAUCUUCCUGGAGGCUCUGCCGGAGCCAGUGAUCUGCUACGAGCUGUAUCAGCGAUGCCUCGACUGUUCGCAAGACAGCCGGCUCUGCCGACAGGUGAUUUCUCAGCUGCCUCGUUGCCAUCGCAGCGUGUUUCGGUACCUAAUGUCAUUUCUCCGGGAGCUCCUCAAAUACUCAGAAGACAACAAUGUCAGUGCCAACAUGAUUGCCACCCUGUUCACCAGCCUCCUCCUGCGGCCUCCACCCAAUCUGAUGGCAAAACAGACUCAGCAAGACCGCCAGCGUGCAAUCAGCUUCCUCGUCGGCUUCUUGCUCGCAGGGGAUGAGGAGUGACCCCUGCAUCUGUGCCAAAGCUGGGGCCCUGCACUGUAGGCCCUGUGCUGAGGCCAGGCCUCUGACGGUUCCCGAAGGUUGGAAGGCUCUAGGCUACUCCAAGUGCCGUGUUUACAGUCGGAAAGGAAGCGUUCUCCUCUCCUUCCCGCUGCUGUACCCUACACUGCAGAGGACCUGCACGCUCAUUGCACUGCCAUCCAAGUCAGGAGCCUUCUGCUUUCUCCCUAGGCUCUAGGUGGCCCUGCUGGUGCCCAAGCACUGUGCCGGCAGCGUGGCCUUCCCUUAGCGGUGUCACCAGUUCCCUUUAGCUGUGCUUCUCUCUCCUUUCCUCCCCCAAGUCCCUGGAGUCAUUGCUAGGAAGGGUAGAGACUGCAGGUGCUUUUGGAGGGCUGUGGCAGAGCUGGUGGGUGCUCAGCCUGCACGCUGUGUCCUUGCGUGGGUGAGGCAUGCCUACUGGUGCAUACUGAUGUUACUGGUCAGCACCCUGCACUCUGUCCUAGGCUAGCAUUGGUCAUAUGUCACCCUCUGCCUUGAAGCCGACCAGGCUCACUCUGUUACCCCAUCACUGUGCUAUGAAGGCAGGACAACGGCUGUACCAGGAGGGUUAUCUGGAGGUUUGACAUCUUCCCUCCCCUCCAGCAGUGCGUUAUCCUCCUCCCUUGGUUUUGGUUUGUAAGGCUCUGGCACCCAGGCUUUCUCCCCCUCCGGCUUUCUGGCACUAGCAUGUGGGCCUUGCUCUCCUCUCCCUUCCCUUGUGCCCUGGCUUUGCUCUGGGACAUCUGGUUUUGUGGCUGGCUGUUGGAGGACCUUGGUUCAGGCAGAGCUUCUCUAGGGCUGUCCCUGUGUGCUGGCACUGGGUAGGGUGCACAGAACAGGAUGCAGCUUGUGUCCCUCACAGCCCUGUUUGAUGAGCCUCAGGGGUAGGACCUGGUCUGGGUCACCAGGGUGGUGGUGGGUGCUGUCUUUCUCCUCCUCCCUGAGGUGCUGCAAGGAGCAGGUGAGGGGAAAUGAGCCAUGAAUCCACCUCAGGGCUGAGGGAUAGGCUGGUGGUCAUGUGGGGGGGGCUGAUGGGCUGGGGUGGUUGUAGUGCUGGGGUCAGGCAGAGCUUGGUGGGGGGCACCCCUUGGGGCUGGGCACUGAUGGAUGCAAGGAGGAAGGCUUGUCCUUACCAAAACACUAAGCAGAGACCUGCCAACUUGGGCCACAAGCCCAGACAGGGACCCCCCCCCCACCUUGGGACCUCUGGUGUGGGCUGUGAUGGGAGCUGCACGGCCUCAGCCAAAGGGAGUCCACUGCGAGAGGCGAGGUGAGUUGGGGCUUGCGUCCAGGAGAAGCUGGCUUCCUUGCUGGCUCCCACGCUCAGCCUGAGCCCUGUGGGGUCGGGCCGUAUCCUGUGCUGCUCUGUGUUCCCUGUGCCCUGGCUGAGCUGCCAGAGGCUCCUGUACCUUGUGCUCUUCUUUUUUUUAUUUUUAAACUACAUAAUUUAUUGGGAAUCUGUUUGUUCCAAAUAAACCUCCAUUGUGCAAUGA